AUGUCUCUUGUAAAUGCUCAAGAAAUAAUUGAUGGAAUGCAAUCCCCUGAUUGUAAGAUACGUCUGAGAUAUAUAAAAGAGUUAAGAGUUUUAUGUGAAAUAAUAGGAAAUGAAAGAACAAAGAAUGAAUUGAUUGAAUUUUUAUAUAAUCUUAUAGAAGAUGAUUCAGAAGCAUUAAUUGAGAUAUCAAAAAAUUUAAAAUUUUUGAUAAGUUUUAUUGGUAAUGUAAAUAAUUGUAAUUAUAUAUGUUAUUUGCUGUUAAAUUUUUUAAUAGCUUAUGAAAAAGAUAUACAUUUGAAUGCUUAUGAGGCUUUCAAAAUAUAUAUAAAUAAAUGUGACACAUUAACAUUAAGGGAGAUAAUUUAUCCAAAGAUAUUGGAACUAGCUAAAAACGAUGGAGAUAAUUAUCGUAUUGGAAUAUGUAAAAUAAUUCCAAUGAUUAUUGAAAAAAGUAUUAAGGAAGGUCAAUCAACAUUUGUCAAGACAUUCAUUUAUUUGUUUUUAGAAACAUGUCAAGAUGAAAGUAUAUUGGUAAAAAAAUCUUCUUGUGAUAAAUUUGGAGAGUUUAUAUUUAUAUUGAAACAAUAUAAGGAAAGGAUUGAUGAUUUUAUGAAUGUUUUAAAAAUGACAGAGGGAAAAAUGGACCCACAUUUUUGUAUACAGGAAAAAGGUAAUAAAGAUAUAGAGAGUGAGAUAUAUAAAAAUGUGGAUAUACAUGAUGAGGAACAGAAAAGCGAAGAUGAUAAAAAUUAUAAUAGACAAAUUAAUAUAGUAGUAAAUCAUAAAACAAAUGAUAAAGAACAAAAUCAAUUAGAGAUAGAAAGUAAUAAUAUCAUUAACAUUAUUCAGAAUAAGAAUUAUGAUAAAAUAUAUAAUCUUUCAAAAGAUGAAAAAUAUACUUUAAUAAAAGAAAAAGAAUUUAUAAAUAAAAUUUGGGAGAAAUCACAAGAAAUAUAUUACAAAUUUUUUUCUUCAAUAAAUGGUUUGGAUGAAGUACAAAUUAGUGCAGUUAGUAUAUUACAUGAAAUAUUAAAUAAUGAUAUAAAUUUUGUAAAAAACAUUAAAGAUUUAUUAACCAAUAUAUGUAAUGAUGAUAGUUGGAGAGUAAGAGCGGAACUCGCCAAAAAUAUUUAUAAUAUAUGGAAAAUAAUAAAGAAUGAAGAUUUCUCAUUAAUAAUAUUAUUAUUACUUAAAGAUUUAGAUAAUCAUGUACGUAGUAUAAUUUUAAAUAAUUUACAUAAAAUAUUAUUUUUAUGUUCAAAUAUGAAAAUGAAUAUAAUGGAAGAAAUAUUUGAUGAUUUAAAAAGAGAUAUAGAUAAUAACAAUAAUAACAAUAAUAAUAAUAAUAAUAAUUAUAAUAAUAAUAAUGUACAUUUAAGAAUAUCAUUAUGUGAAUUAUUAUGUUCAUUACCAGAUAUUCUAGAUAAAAAUCUUUUUAUUGAAUAUAUAUUACCUUUAUUUCUACUUUUUAUAAGAAUAGAAGAAACAAAUUUAAAAUCAGAUUUAUUUAUAUGUCUACAUAAAAUAUCUAGACUUAUAUCAUUUUUUGAUAUGAAACAAAUUAUUAUACCAUUAUGUAAUGAAAUUAUCAAAAAUAAAAAUUGGCGUUUAAGAUAUUCCAUGUAUUAUUGUUUGAAAUUUUUUGAUCAUUAUUUUUUUUUCCAAAAUAAAGAAAAUAUUGAAUCAAAAUUUUUAGAUUUCUGGAAUUAUAUAUAUAUAGGUUCUAAAGAUUUAGUAUAUUCCAUACGUAUGCAAGUAGUCGAAACAUUAGAAUUUUUAUUAAGAAAUAAAAACUUCUCUUUUUUUAAAACUGGUAUUACAUAUUUACUCAACAACCUAAAACAAUCAAAUAAUUAUAUAUUUAGAAUUACUUGUUUACAAUAUAUAUCCAAAUUAAUAAUAUAUUUUCCACUCGAAUAUAUACAACAUAAUAUUUUAUACAUAUUGGAUGAUUUAUGUAAAGACAAAAUUAGUAAUAUAAGAUUUAAUAUCAUAAAAACAAUUUAUUAUAUACAGACGUAUGUUCAGUAUGUUUUGUUAGUUAUUAAUAAUAAUAGUUAUGAUGAAAUAAUAAACAAAAUUACUAAUAUGAUCCAUGACAAAAAUCAAAAAAAUAUGGAAAAUAAAGAGAACAAAGAAAAUAUAACAAAUAAAGAGAAUAAGCACAAUCACACAUAUCCACAUUUAUCUAAGGAUCAAAAUGAAAACAUUUAUUAUAAGGAUAAUUACAAUAAUGAUAAUACACAAAAUAAUUAUGUUCCAUAUUUUCAUUCAUUAGAAAAUAAAUAUAACUUAAUCAAUAAUCAAAAUCAUGAUAACAACAAAUUUAUAAUUAACUCAUGUACUACUUCAUCUUUGUCUUUUUAUGAUAACAUGAAAAACACAGAUACAAAUAAAAAAAGCUGUGAAAUUAUACUUUAUUUUUUAGCGGAUAAAUUAAAUUAUUUAUCACAAGAUACUGACCAGGAUGUUGUGUUAGCAUCUACAUCAUUAAAAAAUGAAGAUUUCUCUAUUUGUGUGAAUGUUUUAAAUAUCUUCAACACGUUAUGUAAGCCAAUAAAAUAA